AAUGAAACCUUGUUAUAGAGAGAAACAGAAAUUAAGAGAGAAAGAUGGCUACUAGAACGGACGAUUCACUGGAUAGAGCAGCCCCUUUUGCACCCGUUACUUUCCACAGACCUGUUCGAGAUGAUUUGGAGACUACCUUGCCCAAGCCUUAUAUGGCAAGAGCAUUGCAAGCUCCUGAUACUGAACAUCCUCAGGGAACACCAGGUCAUAAGAAUUAUGGCUUGAGUGUCCUUCAACAACAUGUGGCCUUUUUUGACCAAGAUGACAAUGGAAUAGUUUACCCAUGGGAGACUUAUACUGGAUUGCGUGCAGUUGGUUUUAACCCAAUUGUCUCUCUUGUUAUGGCCCUGGUCAUCAAUGGAGGCCUGAGCUAUCCUACUUUGCCCGGGUGGUUUCCGUCGCCCUUUUUACCCAUAUACAUACGCAACAUACACAAAGCCAAGCAUGGUAGCGAUUCAGGAACUUACGACACGGAAGGACGAUAUAUGCCCGUGAAUCUUGAGAACAUUUUCAGCAAGUAUGCUAAUACAGCUCCUGAUAAGUUAACAUUUGGCGAGCUGUGGGACAUGACACAGGGACAGCGAGUUGCCUUCGAUUUAUUUGGAUGCAAUGGCCUGCAGGGUUGCAGCCAAGUUAGAGUGGGGUAUACUCUAUGUUCUCGCUAGAGAUGAAGAAGGCUUUCUAUCUAAAGAAGCUGUUCGGCGCUGUUUUGAUGGUAGUUUGUUCGAAUAUUGUGCUAAAAUGAACAUGGGUAGCGAGUCUAAGAUGUAUUAGAAUGUAAAGCAAUGGUGGCUGCUAUAUGUGAAGUAAAGCUGAUAUGAGCAAAUUGUUACUUCUGUAAUAAAUUGAGAAAUGGUAUUCACCUUGUGCAGAUACUGCAAACCAUCUCAGAUUAAUAUCUUAGAGCCAGUAAAAAAAUCGUCAUAUGUACAAGCUUAGCGUGUCCUUGAAUGUAUUACUCGUUUAUUAGUUUUUUUUGUCUGUGAGGUAAAUAUUUCCUCUUUCCAGCUAUAACAUUGUCUCUGUCUCUUUUUUGUCUACUCUAAUUCGAAAGGCUAGCUUUUCAA